AUGAAUAGUGCCUUCUCAGAGGAGGCACGUGAGGCUGGCGAGUCCCUGUGCGAAAGACUCCUUUCGUACUGGACAGAACGCGAAACCUACGACAAGGUCGCGACUAUGGAAUAUGUAGAUGAAGUGGUGGAUUAUUCCGAUACCAAGGAGGAAAUUAUUCACUUAGCUCCCGCCGCCUUGGACGACACACCACCUCAAGUCCGCGACCCCAUUUCACAAGUUGACGUAGGGACUGCAGAAAAGCCCUUACUUAUUCCUAUCAGUGCUAAGUUGGCGGAGGACGAAAAAGAAACCCUUAUUAUCCUGUUAUGCGAGUACAGGGAUUGCUUCGCCGACAAAUACGAAGACAUGCCCGGCUUGUCCCCGGACUUGGUCUGCCACCGGUUACCAACUUAUCCCAACCGACGUCCAGUACGGCAGGACGGCCGAUUCAUGCGAACUGAGACUCAGAUCGUAGUCAAGGAAGAGAUCGAAAGCAUGCACCGAUCGGGCAUCAUUCGCGUGGCAAAGUAUAACGAGUGGCUGUCCAAUGUUGUCCCCGUCCGCAAGAAAAAUGGCAAGAUGCGCGUCUGUGUUGAUUACCGCGACCUAAACAACGCAACACCGAAGGAUAUAUACCUCAUGCCUGUGGCUGACCUACUCAUUGAUGCCGCCGCGGGGCACGAGGUGUUAUCCUUUAUGGAUGGAACGGCCGGAUACCAUCAGAUUCCCGUCGCUGAGGAAGAUCGACACAAGACCGCUUUCCGCUGCCCUGGUUUUGCCGGCGGGUUCGAGUACGUGGUCAUGCCUUUCGGACUCAAAAACGCGGGGGCAACAUACCAGCGCGCCAUGAACCUCAUUUUUCAUGACAUCUUGGGGAAGUUGAUCGAAGUAUACAUCGACGAUGUGGUAGUCAAAACCAAAACACGGGCAACCCACGUUGAAGACCUGCGGCAGGUGUUUACACGGAUGCGCCGACAUAACCUGAAGAUGAACCCCUCUAAGUGUGUUUUCUUUCCGGAGGCCGGCGAUUUCCUUGGUUUCCUAAUGCAUCAAAGAGGCAUCGAAAUCCCAAAGGACAAGGCACAGGCGGUAAUCACCGCUUCAAACCCCAACACAAAGAAGGAGCUUCAACAGCUGCUUGGGCGAAUCAACUUUCUCCGCCGUUUCAUAUCCAACGCGGCAGGGAAGGUCCAGCCUUUUUCACCCCUCCUCAAGCUCCAGGGGGCAACCGAGUUCGUCUGGGAACCACAACAUCAACAGGCCUUCGAUCGCAUCAAGGACUACCUUACGAACCCACCAGUCCUGAUCCCACCUCGCGACGGUACCCCGCUUAAACUUUAUAUCGUCGCUGCCGACUUGUCCAUCGGCGGACUCCUGGCCCAAGAGGAUGUGAACGGGGUAGAACACGCUAUCUACUACCUUAGUAGGGUGUUAACAGAGUGUGAGACACGAUACUCACCUAUGGAGAAGUUGUGUCUUGCCCUAUAUUUUGCAGGGUGCAAGCUGCGCCAUUACAUGCUUGUCUUUACCAUGGUUGUGAUCGCUCAAUCCGACCUGGUCAAAUACAUGCUCUCUCGCCCUAUCUUGCGGGGACGCAUCGGCAAGUGGAUCUUAGCCAUGUCCGAAUUCUCGUUGCAAUAUGUUCCGCAAAAGGCAGUAAAAGGACAGGCAAUAGCAGACUUUCUCGCUCAUCACCCACCCUCAGAGCUCACGGCGUUUCGCGAGUUGGAAUUCGCUACCGUGACACUCGCUCCAUGGACCCUCACCAACAACCAGGCUGAGUACGAGGCGCUGAUCAUCGGCCUGGAGAUUUUGUUGGAUUUAGGAGUCCGCGAGGAUCAGAUCUUUGGCGAUUCUUUGUUGGUCGUUAACCAGCUGGUGGAAAAGUUUAAGUGCUUAAGCUCGACAAUUGAGCCAUACCUGCGCAAGGCAUUUGAGGUGUUGGAUCGAUUUACCGACGUCUACAUCGAACACAUACCACGCGAGUCCAAUUUCGCCGCCAACGAGCUCGCCCAACAUAAGUUCAUUAUCGUCGCCACCGAUUUCUUUACCAAAUGGGUCGAGGCCGAACCACUCAAGGUUGCCUCCGCCAACUCGGUUCGCAACUUUAUUUUCCGCAAUAUCAUCUCCCGCUUUGGUAUCCCGGAGUGCAUCGUUACGGACAGGGGGGCAGCUUUCAUGGCUGAUUCAGUUGUUAAGUACUUAAACGACUACGGAAUCAAGCUUCUCCACUCUACGCCAUAUUAUGCACAGUCCAACAGCCAGGCGAAGGCUAGUAAUAAGGUCAUCCUUGGCAUCCUCCGCAAGAUGUUGGAGUUGAACCCGCGUGUCUGGCAUGAGGAACUCUACCACACCUUGUGGGCUUACCGCACUUCAAAGCGCGGCCCGACGGAUACCACCCCGUACGCUCUCAUGUACGGUCAUGAUGCCGUCCUUCCCCUUGAGAUCAAUAUCGCUUCACUCCGCGUUCAGGAACAGCAUCAACUACUUGGUGAGGAUUACGUCCAAGCCAUGUGGCAGGAGCUUGAAGAUCUUGACGAGCACCGUGUCACCGCUUUCAACAAUCUUGUCCUCGAGAAACAACGCAUCGCACGUUCGUAUGAUAAGGUCACGCGCAGACGGAGCUAUGCUGAGGGCCAGAAAGUGUGGCGCGCGGGGGCAUACCACCUGCGCGACUUGGACGGUACCAUUCAUCGCAAUCCUAUUAAUGGCCGCUUCCUCAAGCGCCACAUUGCAGGAGUUUGGGAACGCGAGGAUCCUCCACCUCCCCCAGGCCCCGUCGCCACUGUCAAUAGUGCUACGCGCCAUCGCGUUCUCGCUCCGCCGCCUAACACUAGGGGGCAACCCGGGAUAGAAGCCUGA